UGUCAAAUAAGAAUUUGAUAUAAAGGCGCUUGAUUGGCGAAAAAUAAUCGAUCUUCCUCCUUUCGGGUCAUUUUUUCAUCCUGUCAUUCCAAGUUUAAGAAUCAAAUACGCCCUAACGUACCUAUACUGCUUUCUGCAACUUGAACAUUGUUUCUAUUCCUAAUGCAAGUUCUAUCUUUAUUGACUCCAAACGACCAUACACUCAACACAAGGAAACGUCCAAGGUUCGCAUCUGGAUUUGACGAUGGUUUCGGUACUCAAUGUUUAAAGAAGAGGUUGAUUUCCGGUUCACAUAUGAAUCCAACUUACAGCCAUCGAGCGUAUUUCCAGCAAAAACCAGUAUAUCAAAAAUUUGGUAAUUUGGAAUCUAGUCAACACCAACAAAUAGUUGUUGAACCACCGAACGAAUGCACACAACCCUUUACUUCUCGUAAAACAGCAAGAGACAGUUCAGGAUCAUACGUGGAGCAAAACAGCUCUCUGACAGCAUCAAAAAAUAUUAAUUGUACAGCCAUUGGACCGCUAUCAAGCAGAAAAGACACAGCUGCGUCUUCGUCAUUACCUAUGUCGCAAUAUCAACAACUGCGCGUUACGGAAUUAGUAGACGUCAAUGGCACUUUAUUUCCUGCGGAACAGAAUUUGGGAGGAGGAAAACAAUAUGCGACACCGAAUUUUAUUAUGAAAGAAAAUUUAGAAAUUCUUAGGAGCCUUACACCGUCCUCAAUCAGAGACAGGAAUUUUAAUAUGGGCCAGCUGAUUGUAUAUAAGAAGAACCCCUUACUAUCCAAAGAUUAUCUACAGCGAUGUGAUAUAUCGUAUGAGAACGAGAUGGAUAAACUAGAUGGGCAGGCAUCAAUAACAGAGGUUACGGAUGAGGAGGCUGAGGAGAUCCUCCUACAGCAAAGGAAGGAGGCAGCGUCCUGUACAAACAUCGAUGAUGAGAUGUCGUUUGAAGACGAACGACAAGUAGUAGAAGAUGCAAUGGAUAUCGAUUAUAUUCUUUGAUAAAAGCAACCAGAC